AUGGGCGUCGGACACGUCUUCCUCGUCGGCAUCGUGUGUGCCGCGGUCGCCGCCGCGUCGUGGUUCCUCGCCCCCAAGAAGAACCUUACCCUCUACCGCUCCUCGGCACUGCUCACCAUCGCGUGCUGCUACAUCAUGUGGAUGUGCACGUACCUGUGCCAGUUGAACCCACUUAUUUACCCCAAGCGUGCCGACCUGCGCGUGGAGCAUAAGGAAGUGUAG